AUGUGCAUGGAAGGUUGCAUCCGUUUCCAUGAUGUAGAAGCCAGUAAUCUGAUAGUUAAGGAAGAACAGUGUUCUUGCUGUGGUAGCCAAUGGUUCAGAUGUGAGAGAGAUACUCUGGUCCCUGUACAGACCUUCAAGGUUGUGCAUCUCUUGCAACAACUGAGAUUCAAGCUGGGGAAUAGUCAAGAAUGUGCCAAAAUAGCAUAUGGUAGAAGUCAUAUCAUGGGUAGUCGUUUUGGUGUGUUGUCAGAUGUGUUUGACAGUGGUGCUGUCCGCAGACUGUGUGAAGGCAGUAUAGUAGGCCAGAAUGACAUUUUGGUUACUAUGUUUGUUGACCAGUUCAAUUUCUUUGAUGAUACCAAGAUGUUGGCAACUAUAAUUCAUGUUGUCAAUCUAAAUAUUGAUCCAAAAGAAAGUUAUAGGUCUUUCCUUGAGCCGAUCAUCAAGGAUUUUUGUAUACUGGCCACUUCGGGUAUUCAGAUUCAGACUGUCACCAGACAAAUUAAUGUAAAGAUUCAUCUUGUCAUGGCAACUGGUGAUAAUCCAGCCAUGUCAGACUUGAUGAAUCUGGCCCAUCACAAUUCUUUCUUUGGGUGUCAAGCUUGUUUUUCCAAAGGUGUUUCCAAACAUCACACAAUGUGUUUUUUUGGUAAUGAAUUGCCUGUUUGUAUGGGAACUGUAGAAAGUCUUCAUCAAUUUGAGGGAAAUAGUUACAGUGUCAAUGGUCCAAAUGUUUUCAGGGAUCUUCCUACACUGACUAGUCCUACUUUCUUUGGGCUUGAUGAGAUGCAUCUACUUGGACAUGGUAUAGGCAAGCAACUAUACAAAGCAUUUGGUGGAAAGCUUAACCAGAUCGACAGAUCAAUUACCAAGUCCAGAGCAGACAUCUCAGCAAUAUUUACUGGUAGUUGGCAAUUGCUGGAGGAAACAACUGGUCGACAGAAGGCAGUCCACUGGUUAGACUUCCUUCUGUCUGUUGUGCUGACAGUGGUGGUAAAGAACUUUGUUCUUGCCAAAACCAGAAAUGUUGUGCAAGACCUAGUAAAGACCUGCGCUAUUGCCCAGCAGUGGAAAGUGGCAGAGAGAGAAAUCAAUAUCAUGGAAGAAGCAAUUGGUCGCUGGCAUGUAUUCCUUCAUCACGAAGUCGCAGAAAAAAGAAAGUCUUUGGCCAUUGUGGCAGAUGAGUGUGGAAUGAACUACCACAAUCUAGUUAGUUCAUUAGUGUCUAUUUGGGGCCAAGACAGCAGGCAUGUUCGAGCCAAUAACCUUGUUGUGCUUAAACACCUGAAUGAGUAUAGAUUUGUUCACAAAUUCUUUUCUCAAUCUGUCUUGGAAGAGACCAAGCUCUUUGUUAUUGUCAACUGUCUGCGUGGCAUCUGGCCCAACAAUGAGGCGAAGUUUUUUGUGUGCAAAAGUCUAACACUUGGCAGAUUUGAAAAUUUGAGCAAUUCAAUCUGGUGUGACAAAGACAAUGUAGUACCCAACAUAUAA